UCUGAUAAAGUUGAAUGCCGAGGUCCAAGAGACGAGACAGCCUAUUUUAUUUUGCGCAUCUGAUCAUAAACCUUUAAAUGAGAAACAUGUAUUUUUUGUGCGCUAUAUUCUUGCUGGCCACAGCUUCACCGCCCGAAGCAAAAAUACUGGCUUUAAACUCAGAUAUAGAUUCAUUUCUUGCAAGCAACCUCACCGUUUUCAACGCGAAUAAACCAAGAGUGUCGCAGACGCCAAUCAGGGCUCGAAGGAAACGCUACAUAACGCAGAUCGAUAUGGUUGAAAUCCUGGAUUAUCAUAACCAAGUCAGAGCCAACGUCUUUCCACCUGCAGCAAAUAUGGAAUAUAUGGUGUGGGACAACGAUCUGGCCAGGACAGCCGAAGCCUGGGCUGCCACCUGCUGGUGGGAUCACGGACCCGCUUAUCUGCUCCAGUUCUACGGGCAGAACCUGUCGGUCAGGACCGGGCGCUACACCUCCAUCGUGCAGCUGGUGGAGCCCUGGUUCGAUGAGGUGAAGGACUACGCCUUCCCCUACCCCGGCCUCUGCAACCUGGCCUGCCCCCUGCUCUGUUAUGGCCCCAUGUGCACCCACUACACUCAGAUGGUGUGGGCGACCACCAACAGGGUGGGCUGUGCUGUGCAGACCUGCGCUAACAUGCUAGUGUGGGGAGCUCUGUGGAGAGAAGCUACCUACCUGGUCUGCAACUACUCACCAAAGGGGAACUGGGUCGGAGAGGCCCCGUACCGUGUGGGGGUCCCCUGUUCCUCCUGUCCCCCUGGUUACGGGGGUUCCUGCAGAAACAACAUGUGCUCCCCUCCGGCCCAGUCCAACUUCAUGCACUGGUUCAAGUGAGGCAGGGACCCCCCGGUGAUGGGGAGGAGGGGACGCUGUAGCUCCUCAGGCUAGCUUAGACUGAGUCAAAUAUAAGGGAUGCACAUUGGGCUGCUAUUUAUGUUAUGUAGCCCGAGAGGUGGAACGUGUUUUAGUGUUCAAUGAAUUUAUAGUGGAUUAUACAUGUCAUGCUUUGGUUAAGCUAUUACAUCAAGCAAUUGAUGUAAGCCUACCAAAGUUGAUGUACUUUAAAUCGAUCAAUAACAUCAAGUUAUUGUGUAACUAUUGUGUCGGCAUGAGGUUUGAAAAUAUUAUUAAUAUUUCAUUAUGAUAGACCAAUGAAAAUAAUGUGUGGAUUAGGUUUACUUAACUAAUAUCCAGAUUAACAUCAAUCAUAGAACGUGAUUUAAAGUUAAAGUCCUAAAGCAUCCAUCAAAGGUUUGGUGAAAUUGCAUUGCAAGUGAUUUCAAUUUAUCCUUAUUUACCAGAGUCACAACAGUUAUAGUUUGUUUGAUGUAAUUUUUCACAGACAACAUUUUGACAUUCAAGACCUUUUAAAAUAAAAAUGUGAGAUGAAAAA